AUGAAUUGCAUUGCGCAAGCCAUCGGGCUCGGACCCGCGCUUCUCUUCCCUCCAAAUCCUAACUCAAAUUUAAAUCCCAACGAUUCUCAUUCUCAGUACCGUAAGAAAUGCAUAUCUCUUCUACAAAAAUGCAGAAAUAGCAACGAAAUUACUCCAAUUCACGCUAAUAUCAUUAAAAAUGGCGAAGAAGACGACGUUUUUAUUGUAUUUGAGCUCCUUCGCGUUUGCUCCAAAUGUAAUGCCAUUGAUUAUGCUCUCAAGAUUUUUAAACAGUUCUCAAAGCCUAAUGUCUAUCUCUAUACAGCUCUUGUUGAUGGGCUUGUGUUAUCUGGGUUAUUCGAUCAUGGCAUCAGAGUGUAUAUGCAAAUGAUUGAAAAUUUUGUUAUGCCGGAUAAUUAUGUAAUUAGCUCUGUAUUAAAGGCAUGUGGGUUUUACGGGGAUUUGAGAACGGGUAGGGGAAUUCAUGCUCAGUGUGCAAAACUUGGGCUGUGUUCGAAUAGAUCAGUUAAACUUAAACUACUGGAGUUUUAUGGAAAAUGUGGAGAAUUUGAAAAUAUGAAGAGGGUGUUUGAUGAAAUGCUCGAUAGAGAUAUUGUUGCAUUAACGGUAAUGAUAUCCUCCUAUCUUGAUUAUGGGUUUGUGAAAAAUGCUAGUGAGGUUUUUGAUUUGGUGAGGAUUAAGGAUACGAAAAUGUUCACCAGAGACAGGCUCUCCGUUGCAUUACCAGCUCAGUCCUCGACGAAAGAUACAGUCGUUGACGGAAUUGAGUUGCAAUCAAAGACUUCACAAGAUGCGCAGCCCUCCACCUUGGGUCGGUCCAAGACUAGCAUCCACGUAACUGCCCUAGAUGGUAUAGUAAACGUGAACUCGCUCUUCACCAUGGCAAUCUUCAUCGGUUUCUCCCUCACUGUCCCUGCAAAUGGCAGCGCUGGGCAUCCAGCAUCAUGCAAUGCCAGUAUCGGUACAGUCAGAAGACUUAUCGUUUUCGAAGUCAUUUCCUUCAGUUUCUUUCUGUUUUCCUCCCUCAUAGCACAAAGUCUCAAGCUGACAAUCAACUUGUUGAACAGUUUAGAUGCAACCAACCCUCAUAAAGCUGAUAUCGACUCUUCUGUUAUGAAAUACGGGUUGUUUGGCUCUGCCAUUGGAUCCGUCAUGGGAUGUUUAUUUCUGACAUUUUCCAUCGUGGAUUUUAUUCAAGUGAAACUUGGAGUACUUUCUUGUGGGGGUGAACCCGUAUACGCGGUCGUGACACUGGCUGUAUUUGUGGGUUCUUCUCUACUGGUUUAUGUUUUCACUUCAGUGUAUGCUGCAUUCUUUAUGUGA